AUGGCUUCGAAAGAUGAGAUAUUUCACAUUCCGCAGGCUCAGAGGUACUGCGAGGGUAGAUGGACGGAAUGGGAUGACAAGAUCACGACGCCUCCCGGGCUCUACGCCGUGUCCGUGUUUGCUUCCCGGGUGAAGAUCCUCGGCUUCCAAAACGCCUGCUCUGCCCGUGCCCUACGGAGUGUCAAUGUCUGGUGCAUCAGCCUUCUCGGCGCCGUUGCGGCGCUCUGUCGCUCUCGGAUUGAGCAGAGCCUCGCCAAUGCAGCCUCGAAGACCAAGGCCGUUUCCUUUUAUUCCUUGCAUUCGGGGUUCAACAUCGCCUUGUUCCCCGUUCUCUUCUUUUUCUCGGGACUUUAUUAUACCGAUGUCUUGUCAACACUGGCCGUCUUGGUAGCGUAUUCGAAUCAUCUCAAUCGCAUGAACCGCAGGGAUAACUCGCUUGUCAGCGAUGUCUGGACCGUCGUCCUCGGUUUGUUUUCUUUGACGAUGCGUCAGACUAAUGUAUUUUGGGUUGUUGUCUACAUGGGUGGACUUGAAGCUGUCCACGCCCUAAAGACUCUGUCAUCGCAUCGCGUCCCCUCUAAAGCAGGCCCCGGCUCUGGUAUCCGAAAUGUCGAGCAAGUUGUACAGGGCUACACGCAAGGGGCCAUCCAUGACCUACCCUCAGCAGGGCAUGGCCAGAUGAUGUUUUCUUCACCGUUGUUAGCCUGGGUAUCGCGGCGUGAUAAGUCCAACCACGUUGCCACCGUUCAUCUUGCGCAAAUGCUCUAUAUUUGGCCCCUUGUCGCUUUCUUUUCCACACCCCUCUUCCCUGCUGUUGGUAUUCAUCUGCUUGAUAGCGUUUUUGGCUGCAAGCCCUCGGUGCAAGCCCCAAAUGUAGUCUUCAAGUCGGAGGCUGCCGUAGGCACACAUGCAUAUACAACCGGGGUUGAGGGAGCAUCAAAGACGACUUCUAAGCGGUCCAAGGGCGCCGGGAAAGCGGAUCUGAAGCCGUUAGCCGAGCCACACCUCGUCGUGUUAUUCGCUGGGGUCUCCGCCUCCAUUGUGAAGUACAAUACUAUCAUCCACCCCUUUACGCUAGCCGACAACCGCCACUACAUGUUCUACAUAUUCCGGUACACGAUUCGAAGGCCGGGCCUAUUCCGCUUCUAUCUCAUCGUGCCCUACAUUGCGUCGGCUGUUUUGGCCUACACAACACUUUCGCUCGGCGAUAGUGGCGCCGAAGCGGCUCCAUCCCGUUUCGACAACCACCCAUACGCUCUAGUGUCUAGCACGUUCGUUUCCAAAGGCGACGGAAAAUCGCCCUUCAAGAGAGGAAGCCUAUCGAAUGUUACCACCCUCGAAGAUGAUGAAGGGUCCCAACUUACUAUUCCAACCUCUAACGCGCUUCUUUUGCUUGUGGCUACCGCCCUUUCUCUUAUCACGGCGCCACUCGUUGAGCCUCGCUACUUCAUUAUCCCAUGGGUUAUGUGGAGAUUGCUUGUGCCGGCGUGGUCUACUCGGAAGUAUGCCACGUGCGUGCGCAGUGUGCCGCUUGUAAACUCCGUGGCGAGUGUCGGCACUAGGUUCGACCUGAGGUUGGUCUUCGAGUCAUUGUGGUUCCUAGCCAUCAAUAUUGCGACCAUGUCCAUAUUCCUUCUCAAACCGUACCAAUGGCGCGCCGAGGAUGGAACGCUUCUGGAUGAGGGCCGAUUACAGAGGGCCGAGGCCGUUGGUCAAGCCGGUGCCGGGCUAAAGACUCAGCUUGUCAAGGCUGAAGCCAUCGUUGCUCCGUACGCGCUUGAUAACGCCAAGUUUGAAGUACUUCUCUUCUCCUGUGGCGGUCCUGCCACCGAUGUACCAUUUGUCGGCACCCAUGACGUCCCUGAAGCCCUCGCUACUGCUGUCGCUGCCCCGACGUCGGCCGCCAGAAGGAACGGGAAUAGGGACACCGCCUCGAGGUGA